GUGGUGCCUCCGGAUCGCCGGAUCUCUUGCGUUCUCCAUAUUCCGCGGUUGUGUCGCAGAGCACUUCUCUACAGGUUUCCGAAAGCAUUUGUGUACAGUUUGUGUGAAGGGUUGGUGUUCUGGUGGACUGUACGCUCUGUGAUCUAACUCUGAUUCUUUCAGAUUGGCUUUUUAUCCAUCCAUCGCGUUGUGUGUUCCACGUGCGCUGCGAAGGAGCGAGUGGCGUAAUGGUCCAGUGAUAAGGCACGCACGCACGAACGAGUCAUUUGGCAGAUUGGCGUGUGGCGAGUUUUGGAAGCAGUGGUGACAAAAGCAAACAAAUUGCUCCGAAGAAGGGGUUAAACGGGUGUUGAACGGAGUGUGUGUGCGCGUUGUGUUUGAUCGAGAACGACCUGUUUCGAUAUGGCUGAGCGAGCGCGGCUGAUGUUGCUACUGCUGCUGGCAACAUUGGCGCUGGUCGGGAGUAGCGGUGGAGAAACCAUCGCCAUCGAGCAGAUCCUGUCGCUGUGCUGCCAGGAGGGCGAAGAGUGGGGCAUCCAGAACCGAUUAUGCUCGAGCUACAACAAAUCGCUCGAGCUGGUACCGGCCGGUCUGCACGGUCUCUGCCUGUCGACCAUCGAGAUCUGCUGCUCGAAGCAGCACAAAAUCUACCAGUGUACGGCCGGUCAGAUAGCGGCCAAGCAGGGCCUUAGCUGCUCGCUAAAGGGUGACCAUUCGGGGUCCGAGUUUUACACGGAUUGCUGUGAAGCGUGCAAGAUUGGGCUGGUGGUGGGCUCGAGUGGCAAUAAGUGUUCGGUGGAACCGUUCGCCUUCGGUAGCCCCUGGGACGAGAUCUACGAUGGAUGCUGCAACGACAUCAAAAGCGAAGGUGAAGUCAUACUCCUCGGUGGUCAUGAUGAGCGUGGGCUAUGCGAACAGUUUCCAACCAUUUGUUCGCAGGUGUGCGAAAACCUCGAAGGUGGUUCGUACGCGUGUAAGUGCCAUCCGGGGUACGAGCUGCAGGACGACCGGAAGUCCUGUUUGCCCAUCUCCGACGAGGACAAUGAAGCACUGGAGCCUCCCAAUAGUUGCACCAAGGGUUACCGGCGGAAUAUGCGCACGGGUCAGUGCGAGGACGUGAACGAGUGCGAAACGGGGGAGGCCACGUGCGACGCACAGAGCCAGGUUUGUCGGAAUACGCGCGGUAGCUUCCAGUGCAUCGAUGUGCUGGCCCCGGAUAUCGACUGCGAUGCCGGUUAUCAGCCGAAGAAUGGCAAAUGUGAAGAUAUAAACGAAUGCCUCGAGCUGCUUGAUGUGUGCGACCGGGAGCGGGAACACUGUCUCAAUGGACGGGGCAACUACACCUGCCUGCCCAAGGCGGUUACCAAGUGUCAGCCCGGCUACAGCUACAACGCGAGCCUGAGCGUAUGCGAAGACAUCAACGAGUGUGAGGAAGAUGGCGCCUGUGAUGAGGGGUACCGGUGCGUAAACAUCCGUGGAUCGUACGAGUGCAUUGCUCCAGUGACGAAUUAUCCAAUUGCUCCACCGAGAAAGAAGGUUGAACAGUGCUCUCCAGGAUUCCGGCGUCAUAAUGAACAGUGUGUGGAUAUUGAUGAGUGUGCUGCCGAUAGGAACGCCUGCGAUAGCAAUCAGGUCUGCACGAACGAAAUCGGUGGGUUCAGGUGUGACUGUAAAAUUGGAUUCAUCCUGGAUUCGGUGACGAACGCGUGUGUCGACAUCAACGAGUGCCAGGUGAAUGCGCACGAGUGCCUCGAAACGCAACGCUGUGACAAUACGAUCGGUUCCUACACCUGCAUUCGGCUGCAAAGUUGUGGCACCGGAUACACCCUCAAUGCGGAAACGGGCAACUGUGACGAUGACGAUGAGUGUUCUCUGGGACGCCAUAACUGUCGGCCACCGUUCGAGUGCUACAACACCAAGGGUUCUUUCCGGUGUCGCCAACGGUCCCGUUAUUCACCGACGUCGACCAGCACCUCUACCACGACCAGCACGACAACAGCGCGUCCGUAUCGCUACGGUCACGGCAGUGAUCCGUAUUCAACAUCACGCUACUCAUCCUACAACCCUCAGCUGCCGCCGUGUGGCAUUGGGUUCGAGCGGAACAGCUUGGGAGCUUGUGUUGACAUUAACGAAUGUCUCGACGACCGAAGAUGCCAGCGGCACCAACAGUGCAUCAACACGAACGGAUCGUACCGCUGCAAGGAUCUGCUGACCUGUCCCGUCGGUUUCCGGGCCAAUGACGCUGCCACCGAGUGUUUAGACAUUGACGAGUGUGCGGAAGGUGUGGCUCAGUGUGGACCGGAUCAGACGUGCAAGAACAAACAGGGUGGCUAUAUCUGCCAGUGUCCACCGGGGCACAUCAUCGGACAGAAUCAGCGCUGCGAGGAUGUGGACGAGUGUUCGAUGCAUGGGACCAAGGUUUGCCAUCACAACUCGCACUGCAUCAACACGAUCGGUUCGUUCCGGUGCGAGUGUAAGGAGGGUUUCAAGAAGCAGGGCUCCAGUGACAUCAUCUGCACGGAUGUGGACGAGUGUACGGAGAUACCGGGGUUGUGCCAUCAGCGGUGCCUCAACUAUUGGGGGUCGUACCGGUGCGGUUGCAAUCCGGGCUACCGGCUAAGCUACAACAACCGUACGUGCGAUGAUCUGGACGAGUGCGAGGAGUACAAAUCGACCAACCUGUGCGUCGGUUACUGCGAGAACACACCCGGAUCGUACGCCUGCCGGUGUCCGAAGGGCUAUAAGUUGGGUGCGGAUGGCAGAAGCUGUAUCGACAUUGACGAGUGCCGGACAGAGCAGGUGUGCAACGGUCGCCACGAAGUGUGCACCAACAUCGGCGGAAGCUAUCGCUGCACGCGUAUCGAAUGUCCCUACGGCUACCGGCACGAUGUCGACCGGCGCAAUCGCUGCGAGCGUACCAUUCGCUUCUGCCAAACGACCGAUCUCGAGUGUCUCCGCACACCCCACUCGUACUCGUACAACUUCUUGACGAUUGUGUCCAACAUUCCGGUGCCACCCGAAGGUCGCGGUUUGUUCACGCUGACCGGUCCGGCCCAGUACGAUAUGAUUGAUUUCGAUCUGAAGCUCGUUUCGGUCGAUGCCGCUCCGCACGUUCGACCGGUGGAUAUCCAUUACUUCAGUCUGGACAAGAAAACGAACGAAGCGCAGGUCAACUUACGGAAAAGCAUCGAAGGUCCGCAGGAUAUCGAGCUCGACUUUAGUAUUACGGUGUUCCAGAAUGGGCAAAUGCAUGGCACCAACGUGGCGAAGCUGUUUCUGAUGAUAUCGGCCCACGAGUACUAGCGGUGGGUAUGCGGACGCUCCGCUGCAACGAGUACUUCAUUGAGUUUAGUGUUUUGAGGAUAGCUUACCCAGUGUCUAAUGCAUUGUUCUUUAAAAACAAAAUAUUGUAAGCUUUUUUAAAAAUGUUUAACCUAAAAGUAGACCUUCGAUUGGUUGGCGUAAGUUUGAUUUAUUAGAAAUCCCUACGAAGUAUGCUGUCCAAAAUGAGAAACUUUUAAGGUAAACAUUAAAAAGAAUAAAAGGAUACAGCCACAUACUACAAAA